CUUUUGCAUAACCAUUUUUCUAAACUGAAGGGUUUUAUUGAACAAGUCAUACCAUCCUCGCCGUCACCGGAGAAUGCGGCCAUCAGGGAAAAGCUUUACCGCCUCAACAAUCUGUUUGCCGAAUGCCGGAUGCUGUCAUAUUCAUGCAAUUUCCUUCCAGAUCUACCUGCCCUCUAUAAUAUAUAUCAAGACAAAUUUAAAUAAGAUCAAGGAGGAACUCACGGACAGGCUCAAAGAUGCAGUUAAUGUUAAUGAAACCCCGGUUCGCCAGCCAAGCACGGCCGGGCAGGGCAGUCAGAUGAAUGGGAAACUCUCCAAGAGACUACGAAGCAUGUGGAUGCAUCUAAGGUUCACGGGUUCGAAGCCGAAGUGAUGUCCCUGCUGAAAUUACUUGUAUAUCAACGAGGUGAUGAGGUCGAUGGGUUCAAGGCGAUCGGAGUUGUGGGGAAAGAAGGGAUCGGGAAAACUACGCUCUGCCAAGUGUUUCUCAAUCGGCCAGAGGAAAAGAAAUAUUUCCAGCCAAG